AUGUUCAAGCACAUCGAUGAAAAAGGAAAGACCGAAACUAAUGCUGCAUGCAAUGACUUUGGUGAUGGUAAUCCUGAUAGUGUUGAAAGAAAAGCAUGUAAUCAUAUCACAGCAGGAUUACAACACAUUAAGGAAAUUAGUGUUACUGCCGGCCAGCCUAAUGGUCAAGACAACCCACUGCUCGCUCGAGCAGUGGGUUGUAUUGCUCUUAACAUGUACGCUGAUAAAAUAAUCGAAUUGACGAAGAAAAGUUGUCCCAUUGAUAAGGAAAGAAUAAAAGAAAUGUUCAAUAAAUGGAAUAGUGAAAGUAAAAAUUCGUGUCAGAAUAGUGCUAAUAAUAAUGAUUGUUUUCAAUGCAAGAGGGAAGAAUCUUAUAACGGUUGCCAGCUGAGCGUCGGUGACGCUCUGCUGGCAACAUCACAAAAUGAAAAUUGCAAUACUAAUGCAAAAGACGCAGUUAAAGUCAAAGAACAAAUGAACAAAUUCCUCAACGAAUCCAACGACCCACCCCAUUCCAUCCCCAAAGUGAAGGAAACAUUAUCCACCAUAAAUAAAAUGGACGACAAUUUCUGUACUCAACUUCAGUGCGCAGCAAAAAAAUACUACGUAAAAAGAAACCAUGGUGCAAAAAGCAGCGAUGUGUCUUGGAAUGCCUUGAGCGAUGAGAUCGGAAGGGAAUUAACAGCACUUUUAAUUAAUAUGAACGACCCUAAAAAGCAGUCGGCUGCUGCCCAAUACUGCAAUGACGCCAACGUCGCAUGGAAUACUAAGGGCCAUACAGAAAGGCGAACAAAUAAAGCAGCUUGUUUGCAUUUUGCUGCAGGAUUAAAGCACAUUUAUGGCCGUCCCAACGGCCAAAAGAAGGGCCAGUUUAAUGGCCCAUCGUUUGGACAAACAAUGGGUUGUUUAUUUCUUAAAGAAUAUGCAAAACAAUUAAAAGAAAUGGCAAAUGUGAAGAAAAGGGGAAAUAGUUGGGUACAUCCUCUUUGUAGCAUAGAGGAAGGUAUAACAUAUGCUUUUGGUAAGAGUGAUGCCAUUAUGAAGAAUGUAUUAACUCAAUGCAACAAUGGUCCUAAUGGUAUUUCUUGUUUUGUGUGCACACAAAACGAAAACGAUUAUAAAGAUUGCUCCAUUGGCACAGAAGAAGUAAAGCCCAAAGUGGAAUCAUUGAUCAAAGACGAACCAAACAAAGACCAUAUGGAAAAAACAUUAGAGAAUACAGUCUGUCCCAUCCUUAUUACGGAUCUCCUUACCCCUUUUCUUCCUUUGGCUCCUGUCUCUAUUGGCCUUUCUCCUAUGGCUUAUUACCUUUGGAAGUAUUUUGGUCCUCUUGGUAAAGGAGGAGCACGUUUCCGAAGAUCUCCUGGUGAAAUUCCUGGUCCAUCAGUACAGGAACAAGUCCUCGAUCAUGUGGAAGAAGCUGGUCCACAUGAAUAUCGAUUGGUGAAGGAACGAAAACCCCGUUCUGUUCCAACAAGAACGAAACGUUCCGGUCGCGUGAAUCGUCGCACGAUUAUUGAAAUUCAUUUUGAAGUGUUGGACGAAUGUCAAAAAGGAGACACACAAUUGAACCAGAAGGAUUUUAUGGAACUUUUGGUUCAAGAGUUCAUGGGAUCCGAAUUUAUGGAAGAAGAAGAACAGGUUCCUAAGGAGGAGGUUCUUAUGGAAGAUGUUCCUUUGGAACGUGUUUCUAUUGAAGAGGUUCCAAUGGAACGUGUUCCAAGUUUAGGUUCCGGGUUAAUGGUUUAG